AUGGCUGAAGGUGCAAAAUUAAUUGGAGCUGGUUGUGCCACCAUUGCGUUAGCAGGAGCAGGUGCCGGAAUUGGUAUUGUAUUUGGAUCAUUUAUCAGUUCUGUAGCUCGUAACCCAUCAUUAACCAAAACACUUUUUGGAUACGCGAUUUUAGGUUUUGCUUUAACAGAAGCAAUUGCUCUUUUCGCUCUUAUGAUGGCUUUCCUUAUUCUUUUCGUAUUCUAA